UUCAAUUGCCAAUCUAGGGUAGCUCAGAAAGAUAUAGAUUUUCCCAGAAAACCAAAAAAUGGAAGAAAACAGCGUGGUAUCAAACUCGAAAACAACACAGGAACUUGCGAAAGAAGGUCAGAAGCAUCUAGAAGAAACCAUAGAAGCAGCUUUCCAGAUCCUCGCCUCUAUGAACGACGAGCUCUGCAACCCCACCUUAUGGUCAACCACCACCACGGCAAACGGUGUCGUAAAUGGCGAUGCUACAUCUGAUUCUAACCAUCACAUGGACAUGGGCGGCUUUGUUGGCAGUGGUAAUGGUGCGCUUGACGAGGCUCGCCAUCGGUAUAAAACCUCAGUGGCCGCACUUCGAUCCGUGCUCUCUGCCAUUCCUAGUUCUCAUAAGGCAAAAGCAUUUGAAAUGGGUUCAACUGCUAGCGGUUCAGUGUCCCCAGCUGAUGAAGUUGAAAUUGAAAAGUUGGAAGAGCGAGCCUCUAUCCUAAGAAAGGAGCUUGCAAACAAGAACACCCACCUUAAGCUUCUCAUAGAUCAGCUACGAGAUCUUAUUAAUGACAUAUCCACAUGGCAAAGUCCAUGUUCUGUCUAAGAUGCAGAACUAAAGUUUUUGUAUUGUACAAUGAUGCCUGAAAGUAGAGGUUUUAGUCUAGAUAUCUGCAAAAAUACUGCCCAUCUUGAUCGUAUUUUCUAUCUGAAAGUUAGAUAUUUUCUCCAUAGAUGUUCGUCAAAGAAAGUCAGAGAUGGAUGAUUAGGCUUUCCAGUGGUAAAAUCAUUUUUUACUACGAAAAUGAGAAAUAGAGAAUGUCAAGGCUUUUGUAUAUCUUGAUUCUCUUUAACAUUAUUAAUGAACUGCACAUAUAAGCUUGUUGAUUUUUUAGUUGAUGAUGUGAUGAAAAUUACCCAAUGAUUGACCUUUGAA